CGUUCCGUCCCGCACUACAGUUAACAGUAACAAAAAUUUCUACAUAUACUAUAUAUCUAUACGUUUUUAUAAUUGUUAAAACCGCACCGCAAUUAAACCACUUGUUCUGCAUCGCUCAAACCACUCUGCAGUUGUCUUCUUUGUUUUUAUUUUUGUAUUAUUUUAUGUGCAAUAAUGUGAAGUGUUGUUUUAUUUGCGUGAGCAUUAGUGUGUUUUGUUCUCUGUUGAAAGAACUUCAAAGAGCAAAAAAAAAUCAGACUUUAGUAAAUAAUUAGAUAUCAUAGCCUUUUCAGAUUUUCAGCUUUAGACUGUUAUGUCAAAUCUCAAAUCCAGAUUCAAAGACUCCUAUCAAUUAAUCACUUCAGAACUUUUUCAAAUACCCUUAAUUAAAGAGACAUAAAUUAGUAAUUACAGUCAAAUCAUAUGUAAACGAUUGGCGCCUUUUCGAAUUUCCAUUAUUCUCUAAACAAGAAAAAUAAAUCUGACCGUCACCUUCUCUUCUUAUACUAGUUGGGUUUCCCUUCCCUUCCCUUUUCUUCUCUUCCUCACUCUCUCUCAUUCGUUUCCAUCGAAAAAACUUGAAGAUUGUGUGAAAAUGAGUGCUGUCUGACUCAAAGAGAAAGAGGUAUCAAAGAAGAUGAAACUUCAUGGCAUGCCAGAUCCUGUUUCUUCUACUCACUCUGAUGUAAACCCUGAGGAGCUACGGACUCUUCUUCUUUCAAGAGCAACAUUACUCUCUGAGACUGCAUUGAAAGUUCUUCUUUGCAAACGAGAUAAGCUUACUCUUGAGCAGCGGUCCAUAGAAGAUGAGAUUGCCAAAUGCGAUGAACGCAUCAAGAACAUCAAAGGUGAUGUGGAGCUGCAACUAGAAACAAUACUUGAUAGCUGUAACGAGGCAUACCCUAGGCGUGGCCUUCAAGAAUCUCAUGACAAGUCAGCAUGUCAAAGCAACAAGAGGAUGAAGCUCUGUGAACCUAUUCCUUGUACCAAAAGCAUGUGUCAGAAACUUGAUGAUCUUUGCGUCAAGAAUAACUGGGUACUACCAAGCUACCAUGUGUCUCUAUCAGAUGGUGGGUUUGAAGCUGAAGUAAGAAUAAAGGAGACUCAGUUCGCUUACAAAAUUCGUGGAGAAGAAAAGUCAGAUGCUGAGGAGGCUAGGGAAUCUGCAGCGGCUUGCUUGCUAACCAAGUUACACCAGAACACAACAACAGCCAACGAUGUUUUAACAAAUGACCAUUUGAGAUCUUCUUCUUCUGUUAAAGUAACGAAUCCGAGUGCACCCAGCGAGGAUCCAUUCAAAAUGGAGAAGCAGACUAGUCUUCCACUUCAAACAGCAGAUCUCGCCGAGGACAUAUACGCAGCCUUGGAGAGGCUUCGUUCUGAUAUUGUCAAAGCAUCCCCUCACGGUGUCAUGUCAUAUCAUAUAUUUGCCAAUCCAACGCUUCAGAGGAUCAGCAAAAAGAUUCCGAGAAACAAAGAGGAACUCCUCAAGAUAGAUGGCCUCGGGAUGGCUAAAGUAAAAAAGUACGGUGAUAGGUUGUUGGAAACAAUAGAAUCAACGAUCAAUGAAUACAACGUAACCAAUAAAAAAGGCUUCAUGGAGUAAAGUGUGGGCAUGGAGAAAGCUUUAUUUGGAGUUUGAAGGACAAAGAUGUGUUAGGAACUGAGGCAAAGAGUAAUUACCUCGGUGUAGUUGUGACCACUCUGAAACUUUAGUUUCAAAGACUUUGUAAACUUCUAAGGCCUACUAGGUAAACCUUAAUGUUAAGUAGAUCAGAAACUUGUUAUUCAGUGUUUAGUUUUUCAUGCAUCAUCUUUUUAAGUGGCUGUGUCCCAGUUCGGUAUGGUUUAAACAAAUCUGCAUGGUAACAAAACCUACGUAAUGAUUUUAAAUCGGAUGCUUUAAUCUGAACAAUCUGUCGUCCAAGAACAGAAGCAGCUUAAAAGUCAUGCAGAAACUUGAAUUGUCUCUUUCGUUUUUCUUUGCUUUUUUUCAUUUUGGCUGCAUUACCAUUGGUGUGAAGUAUUGUUGAUUGUUUUAUUUACCGUCUCUUUUGUGAAUAACCAGAACACAAACUGCAUAUGAAUAUGAGAUUUUGGCAAUUCACAAAAGAUAAAUUUUUUUAGAAAGCAUUUGAAUAAUUUCUAAGAAUUAGAUAGACACUACAUUUGUGAUUUACUGUUGAACAAUUUUUCACACGAUUGUUCAUUCACCAAAAUAUUUUAUUUAGUUCUCUUGCUAAUUAGUAUUUUUUUUCUUUGUUCUGAACUUUUCUACGUUCAAAACAGUUUAAAACACACAAUUAUAGUGCCUUGUUUAAUAGAUAUCAUAGCCUUUUCAGGUUUUUGAGCUAUAGGCUGUUAUGUCAAAAUCUUAAAUUAGAUUAAAAGACUCAUAUCUAUCAAUCACUUCAGGAAUCUCUAAAUAAAGAUAAGAUCAACCUACUGUACCAAGACUGGAACUCUCUAGAUACCCUUUACAGAGAUACAAAAUUACAGUUAAACCAAAAUGUAAACGAUUACAGUUAGAGCCCUUUCGAAUUUCCAUUAUUGUCUUAACAAGAAAAAAAAAGAAGAAGGAAAAAACACCCUUCUCUACUCACAUAGAAAAUAAUACCAAGAAGAUGAAGCUUAAUAACAUUCAAGCUCAUGUUUCUUCUCCUCACUCUAAUCUAAACCUUGAGGAGCUACAAACGACUAUUCUUUCUAGGGCAAGAUCACUUUCCGAGACUGCAUUGAAAGUUCUUCUUUGGGAACGAGAUAAGCUUACUCUUGAGCAGCGGUUCAUAGAAGACGAGAUUGCCAAAUGCGAUCAACGCAUCAAGAACAUCAAAGGUGAUUGGAAGCUGCAACUAGAAACAAUACUCAAGAGCUGUAACGAGGCAUACCCGAGGGGUAGCCUUCAAAAAUCUUAUGACAAGUCAGCAUGUCAAAGCAACAAGAGGCUGAA